GUGAAGAUAAAAAUGUAAAGGAUCUAAGAAAAAUGAAUCAAGGGGGAUGAGAGACUCAAAUUUCCAUCACUUACCCCUUGGAAUAAUUUCUGAACACACCAAAAAAAUUCAAAAAAAAAUUCUUAAACAUAUAAAGCCAGAGAAAAAGAAUAAUAAAAAUUGAAAUAUUAGAUAGAAGACCGUAUUAAAAUGUUAAAAUUUACCAGCAAACGCGACGUCGAUCGACAUGUGUCGCAAAUGACAAAAAAUCUCAGCGAAAGUGAGCGUUCAAGUCGUGGAUAUGCAAUAGCAAAGAGUUAUGUCAAAGUAUCCGAAUUUGAGCUUGCUCGCGAUUGGUUACAGCGAUAUUUGGAUAUUCGAACAGAAGAUGCCGCGGCUCAUAAGUUAAUGGGCGAAAUUUACGAACAUUUGAAGAAACCUGAGCAAGCUAUCACAUCACUCCAACGCUCAUAUGGCAUCAAUUCAAAGCAGAAUGAUCUGAUUAAAAACAUUUGUCGCUUAUUCUUAGUCAACAACGGUUGGUCGUCAAGUCCAGGAAAAGCAAAGUAUUGGUGUGAGCUUGCUGAAAAUGAAAACGUUCGUGAUGACAAUGUCCUCAGUCUUCGUCUUCAGAUGUUAAACAAAGACAAGAAAAACGGAGGAAAGCCAGUCGAAGAAAUGAUUUUAAAGGAGAUAGCGGGACGUCCUCAUGAUAUUGGAUUAAGAAUUCGACUUGUUAACUUUCUUCUUGAUGAGAAACGUAUUGCUGAAGCAUUUAAGUAUUGUUUUGAUCUUGAGAUGAAAUUUAUGGAAAUUUUCUUGCUUUCCAUCGACUGGUACGCAACCGUGUCGUCUGUUCUUGCUCAACAAACAUCAACCGAUUCAUUCAAUUAUUGGUGCUUACUGCUUAUCUCUAUGGAUAAGAAAAUCUUCCUUACGCUUAAACGAGAUCUCCCCUUACAAUCAAUUAAACAAUCGACUAUCAAAGACAUCACCAACAUGAUCUUUGAUUUUGAUCAAAUAUUAAAGAAAGCCGCUGAUGCUCUUUCUUCAUUAGUUCAAAUAAAGGAUGUGGCCGAUGAGCUUAUCAAUCAUUUUCGUGGACAACUGUCAUUGAACAUAGCUUCGUUAAUGUUCCAGAAACAAAAUGUUUCAAACAAUGAUCAAUGGCGAGAAACAACAAAGAAAUGUUUGCCAUUUUUAUUGUUUGCUUUUCAAUCAUCAACCGUCAAUACCGAAGCUUUCUGGAUGAAGAACAACAACGAAACAAUUCGCCAUUUAUUCAUUCAUUUAAAACGUGAAGGUUCAUUCCGAUGUGCACAAGCAGGACGAACAAUCAUUGCUUGUAAGUCAACUGGAAGUGAAGAACUGUCAAUGAACAUUCGUAAUUUUAAAAGUAUGACAUCCAUUGAAGACAUUUUCAAUCACGUUCGUGAAGUUUGCGCCGAUCUUAAUUGGCGAAAGAACAUUUAUCGCUAUUUGUUUGCAAAUGCUGAUCAACAAACAAAAAUUUCGACAUCAUAUUUUGUUCAAAAUUCAUACUUUCAAGAGCCGAGUUAUGAACUUCUUUCAUUUAAUGAUAUUGAAAUGUAUGAGGAUGUUGCACAACAUCUUUAUCCUUCAUCUCUUGAGCAUCAUGUCUAUCUGGGACUUGGAAGAAAAGAUUUGUUCAAUUACAAGAGCUACACAUUCAAUGGACUCAACUUAUCAACACCAAACUUAAUCAAUUGCAGCCCGGAAACAAUCAAUCGAAUUGACAUCGAUUCUUUCCUUUAUUGCUCAAUUAUUCAAGCAAAACGUCGAUUAGAAGCUGAAAAAGAUUGUUAUGAGACUUUCAACAACAAGCCAAAUGAAAAGCCUUUAAUUCUUCCAGCUGCUAAUAUGAUUGAAGGUUUGUGCAGUGAAGAACAAAAUGAGUGGUGGCUUUCAGCUUUUAAAAUCUAUAAAAACAUUACUGGAGAAAAUUUAGCUCAAUUAAAAGCGACAUUGCAGUUUGGAAUUGAAGCUGUAAGAGGAAUUGAUACACCGAAAGUUGAUGUAAUUAUUUUACUUAAGCUUGGCGAUAUUCUUCUUGGCCGCGCCAAUUCAAGUGAGAAAUCCGAUGAACGACGUCAUUGUGAACUUCGUGUUGAGUUUGUCUACAAAAUUGCAUUAAGGAUGAUGAGAAGUAGUGAAGGUGACAACAUGCGUCGUCUCUUUAAAUUCUUGACAACAAAUUUCGAUGUUGAUCGUGAAAUUGAACAAUUAUCUGGAAUUGCCAUCGGUCAUUUGUCAAGCAUUUACUUUAAACGUGAAGAAUAUAAAGAAUUCAUUGAAGAUUUCACUGGCCUACAAAAUCCUUGGGCUUUUUACUUCCUCGCUGAAGCAUAUCGAAGAUUAGAAGAUUCAAACAAAACACCGAGAAAGAAUAAAAAACUUUAUGCUGAAAAAGCUCGCGAGAAUUUAAUCGAAACUUUGGUGCAUCUCGAUAACAAUGCAACAGCUGAAAAAACGAAUCCAUUAAGAAUGCGAGUUGAAAAAGAGCUUAAAAAGAUGGAAUACAAUUACCACAUGACAACACCGUUCAAUAAUGAUUUUGAUUUGCAUAAUUCAUCGCAAAAUGGGAAUGUUGAUGAUGAAAUGUUUCACAAUGCGUCAGCAACAUCUUUUCGCGGACGUCGCAGUGAAGUUCCAACAAUAAAUUACAAUGAAAAGUUUUCGGAUAUUGAAACUAUGAUGAAGAAGUUAACAGAUCUUGUUAUGAGUGUUAAAGAUGAUAUUUUAUGUGUUCGUAAUGACAUUUCGGAAUUACGUGAAGAAGUGAUGAAUUGUCGUGGUGAUGUUGCUGACGCAAAUGUUAAUUCUAAUGCUGUUACAACAAAGUCAUUUGCUGAUGUCAAGAAAACAAUUGAUGAUCUUAAUUGCAGUGUUGUUUACAUGAUGGAUUUAAUGUCUCCAGCGACUGCAGCUGCUGCUGUUCUUCAACCUCAUCAGACACCUUCCGCUCAACGUUAUCCUUCUUCACAAACCAUUUUGCAACAACAAUAUAAUCAAAUGCUUAACACAGCUUAUUCAAUGUAUCCAACAAUGCAAUACCCAACACCAAAUAUGCAUCAACCAUCGCCAAUUGUUCAUCCAAAGAUUCCAGCUUAUGAUGCUUUGGGUCAAAACUUAAUUAUGAAUCCAAUGACAAUGCCGAAUGUUAUUGGUGGACAGCAACCUAAACCUACGUCAUUAAUUGAUGCAUUGAAUACACCAUCAGUCCUUAGUACAUGGAAUAACACAUGGAAUAAUACAAACAAUCCAACAGUACCAUCGACACCAGCAACAAACUUCCAAACACCACCGCCAUCAGUAGCGACAUCUGUGAUUCAAAAUAAAGUCGUUGAGAAAGCGCCACCAAUAAAUGUCGUAAUUACAAAUUCAGAUCCAUUACCACCACAAAAUUCAUUCAUUUCCCAGCCAAUGCUAAGUGUGAAAAUUCCACCUCAACAUAUUAAGCAUGCUCCACAUCCAACAACAAAAACAACACCUGUAGCAACAAAUGUCGUCAGCGCACCACAAUAUGAAAAUAUUUCACCAGUUAAAAAUACCGACACGAGUGAAUAUUUAGAAGAGCCAGCUGAUUAUGACCCACGUCCUGACUUUGUGCCAAUCAUUCCAUUGCCUGAAGAAGUUGAAGUUAAGACGCAUGAAGAGAAUGAAGAUGUUUUGUUUACAUCAGAUCGUUGUAAAUUGUUCCGUCAUUUUGAGAAGGAAUGGAAAGAACGUGGAAUCGGAAUUGUUAAAAUUCUGAAGAACAAAGACACAGGAAAGCAUCGAAUUCUUAUGCGACGUGAUCAGAUACAUAAAGUUUGUGCAAAUCAUGUUAUAACAUCUGAAAUGGAACUCAAGCCAAUGAAGGAAACUCAAUUUAUGUGGGGCGCAAAUGAUUACAGCGAUGGCCAAAUGCAACUUGAACAAUUUUUAAUUCGAUUCAAAACUGCUGAAAAUGCAAAACGAUUUAAAGAUGCAUUUGAAGAUGCUAAGAAGAUGACACCAAAAGAUGUGAUUCAGGAGAAGAGUAAAGAAGCAUUGAAGGUUCAGGAUACUAAUGAAAAGGUAAAACAACCUUCAUUUAAUUCUCCUGCAAUAAACUCAACGUUUACAUUUGGUGGAGCACAAAAGCAACCAAUUUCCACAACAUUCUCAUCGACACCUACAAAAAAUAUUUCGGAUGCGACAAAGAACUCAACACAGCCAAGUCCUUUUGCUAAUUUCACAUUUGGUCAAGGAUCAACAAAUAAAUCAUUCUCGGAGUUAUUCGGAAGUAUUUCAACAACACCGAAAUCUGAUUUAUCGUCAUCAACGUCAUUGUUUGCACCACAAACAGAACAACCAGCAGCUGUGUCAACUUUGAAUAAAUCGAAUGAGGAAGAUGUUGACCAUUACGAGCCAACAGCACAAUUUGAGCCAGUAAUUCCAUUACCUGAUCUCGUUGAUAUGAAGACAGGUGAAGAAGAUGAGAAUGUGAAGUUUACACAUCGUGGAAAACUUCUUCGUUACGACACCUCACUUAAGGAAUGGAAAGAACGUGGAAUUGGUGAGAUGAAAGUUCUCGUCAAUAAAGAAAAUCAAAGCAAAGCACGUUUGUUGAUGAGACGUGAACAAGUUCUGAAGUUAUGUUGCAACAUGAUCAUCACGAAAGAUUUGAAAUUCAUGAAAAUGAAUGCCACGACUUACUCGUUUGGCGGACAAGAUUUCAGUGAGAAUGAAAUGAUGACAGAGAAGUUUGCGAUAAAGUUUAAAACAUCAGAAAUAGUUGAAAAGUUUCUCGAAUCGGUUCGUGAUGUUCAGAAAAAUUUGGAUGGAGUGAAAGUAACAACGGAAAAGAAAGAAACAGAAAAGAAAACUGAAGUUAAAGGAUUCGGUGAUCAAUUUAAAGCUAAAGCCGGUUCAUGGUCAUGUGAAGCUUGUUACAUAACAAACAAACCUGAAACUCUUUAUUGUGUUGCAUGCGAAUCUCCUAAAGACAACACAGUACCAAAGAAAGAAGCCAAAUCAGUCUUAGCUUCCUCAGCUGAUGCUCCUAAAUUCAGUUUCGGAAUGCCAACAGCUUCAGGCUUCAGUUUUGGAAUGCCAGCGGCUGUUACAACAACUUCCGCAACAACUUCACAACAACAACAACCAAUAAGUUUUGGAUUUUCAUCACCAGCAACCACAACUGCAUCUCAAAAUGCCGCCGAUUCAACUUCAUCAAACAAUUUCCCACUUGACGCUUUGAAAUCUUUCUCGUUUGGUGUUCCAAAGCCAGAUUCAACUUCUGCUGUUGUUGAUACUUCAACUUCAUCUCCGUCACUGAGUAACCACCCAAGUUUUAAUUUUGUUUUUAAAUCAAAGUCACCAGUGAAGUCAAAAUCACCAGGAAAGUCACGUAAUGACAGUGUCAAUAGUGGAGGGGGUGAUGAUGAAGAUGGCGACGAUUAUCAUGAAGAAGAGAAUCAAACUUACUUCACUCCAGUUAUUCCUUUACCCGAAAAAGUUGAAAUUGUAACGGGCGAGGAGAAUGAAGAAGUUCUUUAUUGUCAUCGUGCAAAGUUGUAUCGAUUCUCACAAGACACCGCUGAUAAGGAAUGGAAAGAACGUGGACUUGGCGAUAUUAAAAUCUUAAAGCACAAGGAAACUGGAAAGUUGAGAGUUGUCAUGCGACGAGAACAAAUUUUCAAAAUUUGCUUAAACUUCUUCCUCACCGAUGAGAUUGAAUUGAAACGUAAGAAUGACAAUUCAUGGUCAUUUGGUGCAAAUGAUUUCUCGGAAGGUGAAUUUGAACCAACAUUGUUUGCUAUACGAUUUAAGACGAAGGAAAUUGCUGAAGAAUUUAGAAAAGCGAUUGAUGAUGCAUUGGCUAGUUCGACGACUGAUAUGGGUGAGAAGCAAGAUGGAGAAGCUGAUGAGAAAUCGGAGCUUGUGAAGAAGUUGAUGUUGCCAGAAGGAUUCUUCGAUUACAUCAACGCUCAAGAUUGUCCUGGAUGCAUUGGUUGCAAUCCUGAUGAUUACACUUCCCCGAAGACAUCUGAAAAUGUUAAUUCAUUGUCAGAAAUUUCAUUACAAUCCCCAUCGAUUAAACCAAAUCCCAAACCACGAAGACAAAGUGUUGACAAACAUGUUUCAUUUAAAAUUGAUGAAGAGAACAGCAACGACAGUAAACCAAUGAUGGGGUCGGGUAAUGUCAAAGAGAUUGCAUCAUUGUUUGGUGGGAUUAAGAAGUCAGAAGGAUCAACGAACAUCUUUGCAACGUUCAAUGCCGAAAAUCCGCCGUCACAAACGUCUACACUUUUCGGCACGUCUUCAGUGUUUGGAACGACGAACAGUUUUCCAUCAACAACGAACUCGAUCUUCUCUUCGUCACUUAACACAACGCCUGCAACACCAACAGCUGAUACAAGCAUAACAUUCGGCACCAAGACGACAGAAACAUUCUCUGGCAGUGGAUUGUUUGGAAACAAAACAAAUUUUACAUUUGGAAGUGGCGAUAAGACCAACAACAUUUUUAACAGUGGUAUGAAUAAAGAAAAUGGAGUUGAAACAGCAUUUUCAAAUACUCCAACCUUUGCGUCAAUAUCUUCAGAUAAUAAAGUUAAUACAGAACCAACAGGAAAUAUUUUCGGUUCAGAGUUUAAAUCUUCAUUUAGCUUCGCUGAUGCUGCUAAAGAGUUGGAAUCGAAUAAGACAAAUGACGCAGUUGUUCCUGAUUUUAUUCAAAAGAACAGCGAUGGCGGUGGAUUUGCAGCAUUGGCAGCAGCAGCAACAAAUAAUCAAGGAUGGGGUUCAGCAAACAACAGUCCCGCUGGUGGCUUUUAUGGACUUACAGUCAAAGAAGAUUUCUUCAGCAAGAAUUUGAAUAAUUCCGGAACAGCAGCUGAUUCAGGUAAUAACGACGGGAAUGAUACAAAUGAUGAUAACUACGAUCCGCAUUAUGAUCCAAUUAUUCAAUUACCUGAUGAGAUUAACGUUAGUACCGGUGAAGAAGAGGAAGAAAAGUUGUUUGGAGAACGUGCAAAACUCUUCCGUUAUGACUCAAAAGAAAAGGAAUGGAAAGAGAGAGGAGUUGGUGAGAUAAAAAUUUUACAUCAUGGGGCAAAUGGAACUUAUCGAUUACUACAAAGACGUGAACAAAUUUUUAAACUCGUUUUAAAUCAAUUGAUAACAAAUGAUUUCCUUAUGACACCAUUCAAUAACUCACCGAAAGCCUUCUUAUGGGCUGGAAUGAAUUAUGCUGAAAGUUCAUCGGGUGAAACUGAACAACUUGCAAUUCGAUUUAAGAAUGAAGAUAUUGCAAAUGCUUUUAAAGCAAAAGUUGACGAAUAUACGAGAGAAAUUGAUGAAGAAAUAAUCGAAAUGAAAGUUCCCAGAGCGAUAAUUCGAGUCACGAGUAUUGAUCGAACAUCGCCAAUUGGAAAAAUCACGAUUCGACAAUCUAUUGAUAAUCCAACAAAGCAAAUGAACUUUGAAAUUGCUGAAAGAGGAAGAAGUGAAGAGAAGCAUGUAGAAAUGUCACCACCAGCUAUUCUACACUCUUAUGAAAUAUCAGAAGAAAACGACGAAGAAGCAAUCGACAAUGGCUUAGAUCCAAUCGGCAUUGAACUGAUCAGUUCAUCAAAUAUUGAUUCGUCAAGAGAAUAUUCAGAAAAGUUUGAUGAAAAUGUAGACUCGCCAAAACCGAUACGUGAAAUGAGAAAUCUACGAAAGUCAACAAACGACUCAAGGAUUCUUUCUGAUUAUCUAAACACAACAAAUGAAAGUCGCAGUCGUAGUCGAAAUCGAAGUAAGACCAAGGAACGCGAAGAAACUUUACCACCAAAUGAGGAGUCAGAAUUGCUUGAAGACUCUUUAAAGAAUAAAAAAUUAACAUCAGUACCAGUUGUUGAUGAAAAUUCUUCAAUUGCUGACGAACCUGAAGAAGAAGACACUUCAACAAGAGAUUCACGAAACGAAGAUCAUUAUCAUAGUGAUGCAACAAAUCAAAUGGAACCACCAACAGCUAAUCGACGGAAAUCUUUAUCAAGAUCCAGAGGUCGAACAGUCAACGCAACGCGUGGAAGAAAGAAAUCAAUCGCACGGUUAAUGAAUGAUGAACUUUCAAUGAUGAGUGAUAAAGAAGAACCACAACUAGAGGAAGACGACGAUGAUGAUGAUCAAAUUAGUGAAAAUUCGUUUACAACAAUUCGUUCAAUUGAAGGACGAACGGUGAAUCCACCACCAAAACCUGGAUGGGAUUCAUUCUGCUUCAAAUGUCACACAGACAUGAGAAUGCUUACACUCGCAUGUUCAAAGUGUAAAUGUUCUUAUCAUCGACAUUGCGUCCGCCCAAAUCCAAUUCCCAAAAAUGCUGAUGAAUUUAUUUGUCCUGAAUGUCGUGAAAUUGAAGUAGCUGAAAGUUCAAACGUGAAUAAAUGUGGUCAUGAGAGAAUUGAUACAAAUACACUUGCUGAUAUGCUUGCAAUAAUUUUGGAAGAAAUUCGAUUACUUCCUGGACGGGAACAUUUUGAAAAUGAUGUUGUUGUGAAGACAUCGAAAGAUACAAAUCAACAGCUGAUUGUUACUCCAAUCUCAUUGAAAAUCAUCGACACGCGGAUCAAAAAUCAUUAUUACAAGACAACAGAGGUCUUCAUACACGAUUUUAAACAGCUUGAACAUAAUUGGAACAUUGUUGAUCGAAGUAAAUCAAAGAUACUUAAAAAUAUUGUAAAGAAUGUCAGCUCGGAGAUUUAUGAACUUGAAGCUUGUGUGUUUUGCUAUGAGCAAUCAUUUGUGAAGACUGAUUGGUUCGUUCAACCAUGUAAACGAACUCAUUUACUUAUAUGGGCGAAGCUGAAAGGUUAUCCUUAUUGGCCAGCAAAAGUCAUGUCAGUGGACAAUCGACAACAAGUUGAUGUUCGAUUCUUUGGUGCUCAUGACAGAGCUUGGGUGCCUGCAGCGCACUGCAUGUUGAUAAGUGAGAAAGAUCCAAAUAAAACUAAAGGAUCGACACCAACCAAUGCUAAAAAUGCCAGUAAGCCUCAGAAAGGAAUACUUGAUGCUAUGAAAGAGAAAGAUAUUUACAUUGAAAACCUUCGUGAAAAAUAUGGAUUCAGAUAUUCGCCAUUUCGUCAACAAUUUGAUCCGAAUAAUCUUCAAGGACAAUUAAAUUUUAUGUUACCCGGAUUAAAUGGACAAAAGACCGAAAGAGAAAUAUCUGAUGGUGUUCAAACGAAGAAGCUUACUUUGAAAAUUAUUAAAAAUCAAUCUUGUGAUUAUCAAGUUGAACUGAAACCCGGUGAGUUGAGACAAUCAGCACAAUCAAAUAAAACUCCACCAGCAAAAGAUCGUCCAAAAUUUUACAAAAUUCUCAGCCAGAAUGAUGACAACACAGAUAUAGAAGCUUCGGGAAAGCUACAGAAAAUGAUUAUCAAGAGAAAGUCGAAUGUUGAACAAGACGAUGAAAAAGCAAAACGACCAAAAAUUGUCACAGACAACACAACAGAAUCUUCCGAAAACAAUUCAAAUGUGAUGAGUGGGAAAUUAGCAAAACGAAAAGUUCCACAUGAGCUAUCAAAACACAAGAAUUCCUCUAAAACAGAUGAAAAAGAAAUUUCACAUUCUGAAGUUCCACAAAAGAAAACGAAACAAAAGAUCUCAACAACUGACGAUUCACAGAAGUUAUCAGAUAAUUCAACUGUUCAAAGAGCAACAAGACGGUCAAGAUUGAAAAGUUUGUUUCCUAAAGCUGACGAACCUUUACUUGUCCCAGUUCCAACCACUUUAAUUACAACAAAUGAAGCUCAAACUGUUCGAGAGAAAAAUGAAAACCAUUCAACAAAGGAACAAAGUCAAUCAAAAAGUCGAAAGUUAAAUCGUGCAAAAUCCACAGGAGGGGAAAAGGCCAAAGAAACUGAAACACCUUUAAGAUUGUCAAUCUCAGUUCCAGUACCAGAGAAGAAAGCUGAAAGCAUCAAAAAGCGUCGUGACGCUUCCACACAUGAAAAACCAACGACAACACCGACAGCAGAAAAACCAUCUGAUGAAGUCCUGUACGAUCCAAAUUUGGUGAUUAAAGAUGAGCCAAUAUCCGAUCACGAAGUUCGUGAAGAAAUAUUAAAAAAUAGUUUAAGAAUCAGUGACAUACCAAAUUUAACACAAGACAAAAGUGGAAAGAAGAAAGUCAUUGUGAUAACGACAAACAGUGAAAGAAUUGAUAAUAAUCUUCCAUCUUCAAGUCAAAGCGGAAGAGCAAGAAAAACUUUUCCAAAUAAUUUCAAUCUCCGACAAGCUGAGCAGGGAGCCCAAAAUGGUGACGGGUGGAUGGUAAGUAUUCCUCAAACUGUAACGUCAACAAAUGGACCAUCAAAUGCAUCCAAUAUGCCAUCACCUUCAUCAUCAAAUCGAUCAACUCCUGCAACCGAUUCACAUGUUUCCAUCUCACAACUCCGAUCGGGAACUUCAAGAACAAAUUCCAACAACAGUAAUUCAAAUCGCUCGUUCAUCCCAAAUUUUGUGUCUGCAAUUCCCCAUCAUAUUGACAACAUGAAUAAUCGACAAAGUUCAACACAAAUGAAUUCACCAAAUUUAGUGAAUGGUCAAAGGUUAUCAAUGAAUAACAACAACCAACAGAGAAUGGACUUGCCAAGACUUGCUCCAUUGGGACGCGGAAGCGUUCUUAGUUCUGAAGGAAAUCAUUUUCAUCGUGACAUUGGACCAAUAUCUCGAAUGUUUACUGAUAAUGCUCAUCGAGUCACAGACUUCUUUCGUAAUGUUCUCGUUGAUACUGUAACGUCGUUUGCACCUGAAAUACCAGCAGCUGAAAAUUUAAUGUUAAGAAAAGAAAUUGAAAAAUUGCAGUUCGAAAUGGCAACAUUAAAAUCAGAAUUUCAAUAUAAAAUGCAAGAAAUACGACGUGAACAUCAAGAAGAAAUUGAAACAAUUAAGAAGACUUAUGAUGACAGAGUAACUUCAUUACAACUCACAAUGGAACAAGAAAAGAUUCGUCUUGUUAAUGAUAUUCGUCAUCAAUGUGAGAAUGAAAAGCAACGUGCCAUUGAAAUUACGAGAAAAGAAACAAAAAAGACGACUUGGUGUUCAAACUGUACAAAAGAAGCUCGAUUUUAUUGUUGUUGGAAUACAAGUUAUUGUGGUCAACAAUGUCAGAAAACACAUUGGCAACUUCAUCAAAAAUAUUGCACAAAUAAAAAUUCUGCAAAUGACACUCAAAAUAAUAAACAAGGAAAUGCUGAAGUUUCAACUUCAAUUGCAACUACAACGGCAAACAUUUCACGUUCUCAGUUUGUUUUAAGAGCUCCACAACCGAUUCAACAGUUGGAUGCACAAUUAGUUCCACCUGAAUCUAUUCAACAGAUAAUUUUGCCAUCUGGCACGGUGAGUACACCUGUGAGUAACAUUGUGUCAUCAAUUCCUACUCCAACAUCACAGCCAAUCAUCUUAAGCACCACAUAUCAAAAUAAAAACCAUGCAAUUCGUGCAAUCUUUCACGAACAUGCAAUGAGAGAUUCACUUCCUUCGGGAUUGGUUGUAAAAGCUUUUACACGUCAUGAAAAUGCUUCCAAAGAUAACAACGUUGAUGAUGUUAUGAUGGGAGGUCGUGUCAACACAGGAAUAUCAACAACAUCAUCUGAAUGACGGUGAAAGUAAGCUCAAAUAUUAUUUAAAUAUUUACAAUGAUGAAUAGAGGAGAAGUGAUCAAAUUUUAACUAUCAAUUGAGAUUAUAAAAUUAAGUUUUUUAAUCUUUCAGUAAGAAAAUAAAUACUUAUUCUAAUCGACUGAUUACAGAUCAUUUUUUUUCAAGUUAGAUAAGGAUAUAAGACUGUAAAGAUGCAUGAAUAUUUAUCGUUUUGAAUUUAAAGAAAUUGUCACAGGAAAAACGUCCAUUAAACUUUGAUUGCACGUUGUACAAUAUAGAAACACUUUUUUCCUUAAGCUUUUGAAUAAGUUAAUGAAUUAGGAAAAUAAAAAAAAAGAAACUACCAGGGAAUUGUCCAAGUUUUAUAAGCUCAUAAAUUAUUCUGACUUCCACAUUUGUUGAAUUGUUUUGGUGACUCAAAGAUGACACUUUUUUUAAAUAGCAUUAGUAAAUUUUCAUAAAUUAAUGUUAGAAGUAAGUAAAUUAAAUUAAAAAUUAGACUUAAAGGCAUCGAAUGCUUUUGAUCAUGUUACAUUACUUAAAAUAUCUCUGCUU